AUGGAGCAGAACCAGCUGGACCGAGAAACCUUGUCCUGUUCGAUCUGUCUGGAUCUACUGAAGGAUCCGGUGGCUAUUCCCUGUGGACACAGCUACUGUAUGAAGUGUAUUAAAAACUUCUGGGAUGAAGAGGAUCAGAAAGGAAUCCACAGCUGCCCUCAGUGCAGGGAGACCUUCACACCGAGGCCCGUUCUGAAGAAAAACACCAUGUUAGCAGCUUUAGUGGAGCAGCUGAAGAAGACUGGACUCCAAGCUGCUCCUGCUGAUCUCUGCUAUGCUGGACCUGAAGAUGUGGCCUGUGAUUUCUGCUCUGGAAGAAAACUGAAAGCCAUCAAGUCCUGUUUAGUCUGUCUGGCCUCUUUCUGUGAGAAACACCUUCAGCCUCAUUAUGAUUCAGCUGCAUUUAAGAAACACAAGCUGGUGGAGCCCUCCAAGAACCUCCAGGAGAACAUCUGCUCUCGUCAUGAUGAGGUGAUGAAGAUGUUCUGUCGUACUGAUCAGAAGUGUAUCUGUUAUCUCUGCCCUGUGGAUGAACAUAAAGGCCACGACACAGUGUCAGCUGCAGCAGAAAGGACUGAGAGGCAGAGAGAGCUGGAGGUGAGACGAGAAAACAUCCAGCAGAGAAUCCAGGACAGAGAGAAAGAUGUGAAGCUGCUUCAACAGGAGCUGGAGGCCAUCAAGCACUCUGCUGAUAAAACAGUGGAGGACAGUGAGAAGAUCUUCACUCAGCUGAUCCGUCUCAUCCAGAAAAGAAGCUCUGAUGUGAAGCAGCAGAUCAGAUCCCAGCAGGAAACUGAAGGGAGUCGAGUCAAAGAGCUUCAGGAGAAGCUGGAGCAGGAGAUCACUGAGCUGAAGAGGAAAGACGCUGAGCUGAAGCAGCUCUCAGACACAGAGGAUCACAACCAGUUUCUCCACAACUACCCCUCACUGUCAGCACUCAGUGAGUCUACACACUCAUCCAGCAUCAAGAUCCGUCCUCUGAGCUACUUUGAGGAUGUGACAGCAGCUGUGUCAGAGCUCAGAGAUCAACUACAGGACAUCCUGAGAGACGCAUGGACAAACAUCUCACUGAGACUCACUGAGGUGGAUGUUUCACUGUCAGAACCAGAACCAGAGAGCAGAGCUGGAUUCUUGAGAUAUUCAUGUGAAAUCACACUGGAUCCAAACACAGCAAACAGUUAUCUGUUACUAUCAGAGGUGAACAGGAAGGUGACAUGGAUGAAACAACCUCAGUCUUAUUCUAGUCAUCCAGACAGAUUCACUUAUUGGUAUCAGGUUCUGAGUAGAGAGAGUCUGACUGGACGUUGUUACUGGGAGGUGGAGAGGAGAGAGAGAGUUUAUGUAGCAGUCGCAUACAAGAAUAUCAGCAGAGGAGGAUAUGGGAAUGAAUGUUUAUUUGGAGCUAAUGACAAAUCUUGGGCAUUAGUUUGUUACCAAGGAGGUUAUACAUUUGGUCACAACAACAUCUGGACCUCCAUCUCAGGUCCUGGUUCCUCCAGAGUAGGAGUGUACCUGGAUCACAGAGCAGGUAUUCUGUCCUUCUACAGCGUCUCUGAAACCAUGACUCUCCUCCACAGAGUCCAGACCACCUUCACUCAGCCGCUACAUGCUGGAGUUUGGGUUUAUCCUGGAGGUUCUGCUGAGUUCUGUAAACCCAAAUAGACAGAAUCCACU